AUGCCACCUAAGACCAAAGAAAAAGGUAGGAAAUCUGGGACACAGAAGAAGAAAAAGAACUUGAGUGUUGAUGUGGAGGCCGAGGCCAAGCACAGGCUGAUGGUGCUGGAGAAGGAGCUGCUCCUGGACCACUUGGCUCUGCGGAGGGAUGAGUCCCGUAGAGCCAAGGCUUCCGAAGAGCUGCUGAAGCAAAAGUUGCAAGGGUUAGAGGCAGAACUCAAAGAGGCCCGAAGUGAAGAGAAGGCUAUAUAUGCAGAGAUGAGCCGCCAGCAUCAGGCCUUGAAGGAGAAGUUGGAAACCCGCAGCAAUCAGCUGGAAGAGGAAGUAAGGGGUCUUCGGGAGCAGCUAGAAAUGUGCCAGAAGGAGGCUAAGGCUGAAAGGGAAGAGGCUGAGCAAGCCCUCAGAGAGCGGGACCAGACCCUGACUCAGCUUAGGGCCCAGGUGGUGGACAUGGAGGCCAAGUACCAGGAAAUCUUACAUCUGAAAGCCUGGUGUCUGCAGGGCAGCCUGGACCAGCUCUUGGCCAAACUGAGAGCUGUUAAGCCUCACUGGGAUGGGGCCGUGCUGAGACUUCAUGCCAAGCACAAGGAGCAGCUGCGCCAAUUUGGCCUCAACCCUCUGGAUCUUUGAGGCUGCCAGCCU